AUGCUUUGGGUCCUGGGUUUCCACCUGCCUUCCCAGGUUUGCUGGCGGCCCGAAUCGGCUUCGGCCUCCUUGCGCACGCGUGGUGUCCUCGUUGGCGUCAGUACUGAUGGAAAAGUACGUCAAUGGCACGUGACCAGCGGCAAAUGCCUGGAGGAAUUUGGUGCAGGAUCUGAAACUGAACAAUUGUUCUGUGUAGACUAUAGUAGUGAUGGCAAAAUGAUGGCCACAGGUGGCUUGAAGGCAAUCUUUGUGAUUGACGAGGAGACCAAGAAGCAAACGAUCCAGCUCGAGGGUGGCAAUUAUGAGACAACUGCAGGGCAUUCCAAUCGUGUUCAAGCGGUGCGUUUCCUGCCAGCUGAUGCGCCAUGGGCGCUGGUCAGCGGUGGCUGGGACAACUCUGUUCAGUAUUGGGAUUUGCGCGCUGGCCAUGCAGUGAAAGCAAUUCUCGGACCCCACAUCUGCGGAGAUUCCUUGGACGUCUCUUCGGAUGGCCGGCAUUUGUUAACCGGCAGCUACAGAGAUCAGAAUCCGUUGGAGCUUUGGGACCUUGCACAGGAGCAGAGAAUCAAGGUGAUCCCCUGGCGCUCUUCUGGGCCUCAGGAGCCAGCUUGCUUCUUGUACACAGCCAGGUUCUCAAAGGAUCCACACAAUUCCCUCAUAGCAGCAGGCGGAUCCUUUGCCAACAAGGAGGAUGGUGGUGAAGCCAAGAUACUUCAAUACGGAGGAGCUGCUGCCACUUCCUCGAAAUGCCUGGGCACAGUCGUGGACUACACAUGUUUGUCUGCAGACUUUGCUUCGAGUCAAGCUGGCCUACUGGCCCUGGGUGGCACGGAUGGAAAAGUCAGGAUCAUGAGUUUGAAACCGGAAGGCCCAAGACCUGCGACUUCGGGUUACCAUUCCAAGCUCUCCGGUCUUGGAAGCUCUGAAGCACUGGAGAAAUGA